CCGCCGGACAUGGAGCUCUGGCGGCGGCGGAAGAAUCCGAGCUCGGCAUGGCAUCCUCCUCCCCCGGCUUUGUUUCAACUUUUUCAGAAUCCGAGCUCUGCACAUGUGUUUGUUUCAGCUUUUUGAAGCGUUUGUUUCAGCCUUUUCAAGCGAGUUCCUUGCAUCCUUGUUAAGGGACGAAAGCCUCAGCGAAGGAACGAGGGCCCACAUCCUCUCUCCUCAACAACAUCACACAACCUAUGUGUAGGGGUGAAGCAACCCGCCACGGUGGUGCACUGUGAAGGGUAGAGUGGAGCUGUUGCAUGCUCCGCUCUUAGAAAUUAGAUUACGACUUUACGAGUAUAAAGCUCCGCAUCAUCCUCAAAGCAGGCGCCGGGAGGUAUACCAAACAGGUCUUAAUCAUUCGUUUUAGUUGGAACUGGAAGUGCAUGGUUUGGACCAUGCUAAUGUCUCUGGCAAUAUUGCUCUGCAACAAUUAACCAAUGAUGAUGUUCAUCUUUGUACUGAACUCCUCCUAUCCUAUAUUCCUAUUGGUCUUUCUAAAUUUUUGCCGGCGCUUCCCUUCCUCUCCCUUUGCCGGCCGGCCGGCGAAUCCCAUACAGAUGGCGUACGGACGCGUUGCUUUUGUUUCUUCUUGGCAACCAUGAUCGAUCGAUAUCGCGCAAGUACGCACGCGUUGCGUUAUAAAUUAAAUCGUCGAGGAUUUCUAGCCCCAGCUGGGGCCGUGACGUACGGUGUCGCGGGUGUAGUAACGUACGUACGCAGCCAUGGCGAAGGCCAAGGUGGCCACCGGCGAGGAGGAGCACGGCGGAGUGCAAGUCAAAUCAUCGCAUGGCGGCGAAGGCGGCAACAACAAGGCGGCCGCCGCGCCGGAGAAGCGGCUGAAUCGCUUCGUGCACGUCGUUGCGAUGACGGAAAGGGUGGGCAACGCGCUCGGCACGCUGGCCUUCACCUGGGCCACCGUCGUCCUCCUCGGCGGCUACCCCACCGUGCUCCGCCCUGACGACGAUUUCUGGUUCGCCACGGUCAUCGUCUUCCUCGAAGCCGCACGGAUGUUUAGCCGCGAAAACAGACUGGAUUACCAACUGUUUUUCAGCACUAGAGGAGCUUUUAGGCGUCUUGGCUGGAAUGGUCUGCUGACUGUGAUGGUAUACUUUUCCACCGUGCUGGUGAUCCUGAAAAACUAUUAUUUCCUUCGUGGUGGAAGCGUAUUGGUGCCUUUAAUUGUGGUUAUGGCAAUGCUAGUUGCAAUUGGACAAAUGCUGUCUCCAAGAGCUCUAAAACUACUAAGCAAUCCGCUACGCCAUGCCAUAUCACUGUGGAGCCCAUUACUUUCAAUCAUAUUGCUGGGUCCAUGUAUACCACAACCAGUUUAUGAUGUUGAAAAUCAGGAAGUAAUUUUAAAACACUCAAGGACCAGAUGGACAUUGUACAUAGUGCUAUUUUUGUUUGUCCUCCUACCGACAAUCAGCAGGCUGCGGUUCCCAUGUAUCGUAAAACUAGUAGACAGUGUUGUGAGCAGAAAACAGUUAGCUUGGCGUCAGGUUAUUCUAAACUUUUGCAUGUUUGCUGCAAUAGUGAUGCUAGUAUUCACUUUCAAUGGGUUCUACGGUCGACUUAUAAUGGUGGUGUUCCAAGUCUAUGCUUUUCUGGUUGUGUCAUUGGGCAACUUCCAGAUUCCAGUAGCUGUUGUGCGCGUUCUGCUGGCACUGCAACGCCUUGUACCGCAGAACUAUAUUGCAGAUGGUGUUAGUGCCGAGCAGGAUGCCGUGCAAAACCUAAAGCCAUCUCUAAACAUCUUCUACUGUAUGGUGAUUGGGCAAGGAAUUCUCUACAUUGUGGCCUGCAUGCUGGAGGUCUUUUCCUUCAUCCCAAAGAGAUCCCUCAUCAUCCGUGGAGGAUUCAGAGGUCAGCUGGGAGUGAAAUAUGCCAAUUUAUACUACGCAUAUGCCUUUGAGAAAUGCAUGGGAGGGUCUGUACUUGCUCCAAAGAAGAUCAACCUCAUCACCUUUGCCAUGGAUUCUCUGAACUCAGACUCAACCAAGAAGAAGCUCUAUGGGGUUCAGAUGCUGCAUAGCUUUCUGAAAAAGGAGCACUUAAGGACUAAAAUGAUCCCAAAACUCACCAGUUCCACGAAGACGGUGGCCUCGUUGUUCAAUAUGUUGGGCUGGACGAGUGAUGGCGAUGCAGAUGUUAGAUUGUUUGCCGCGAAGGUCACUGCCGAGCUAGCUGGUAGCCUCCGAGUCGUUGCUAUCCCUGGAGCAAUACAGAUAGUAGCAUCACUACUGGACACCGAUCACCAACUGAAAAUAAGGGACCAUUUUUUGUUCAUUGAUAGCCAAGAGGCAAGAGAAGAAGACUUACCAAUUAAGCAUGUUGGCAUGGAUGAACAGAAAUCCACAGUGCUUAAGUACUGGAAACAGAUGGUCAUAAACUGUCUGACUCCUGUGGAUGAACCGUUUAAUAUAGAUGAACUGAACUUACAUAUGGCCAGAUGUUGGAAGCGGAUCACCAAAUUCUGGUCAAUUCCAGACGAGGAGCCAUCCACGGACCAAGAUUUCCUUCCUGUACAGGGAUUGCUAAUCCUUGAGAGGCUUGCUAACUUUGAUACUGGAAACUGCAUGGAAAUCAGCAGAGCUACAGGCCUCAUCUCAAAGAUGAUAGAUUUUACAAGCUACAGAAAUUAUAUUACAAGUAUCAACGAAGAACAUCAAAUCAUGCUAGCAGGUUUGUCACUGAGGGUGCUGAGAACACUUGCAAGCACUAAAGGGAAGUUCGGUGUAACUCUGCGACAACAGAUCUUGGAACAUUCCUUCGUAUUGAACAAUCUUGCAGAGAUCUUGAAUGAUAGUGUGGGUGGCCGUGAACUGAGGGAGCUGGCAGCAGAAAUCAUUAAAAACCUUGCCAUGGAUAGAAAUGCUAGUGAGGACAUUGGGCAUUGCCCAGUGAUUAUCAGUGGUUUGAUGCGUGCAUUUCUCAGCCAAGUUUCUAGUCACUUGCUACGAAAAAUCACUGGUCAAGCACUUGCAAUGCUGGCAAUGGAGAGUGCCAAUAACUGUUUGCUUAUGUUAAGGGAACCAGGGUUUGUGUUCAUUGAGGAACUUACAGCUAUGAUCCGUUAUGACAAGUACAAAUAUACAGCAGUGAGUCUGCUGGGGAGUAUGUGUGAGCAUGCUUGGUCUGAGCUCAGCAACUCAGACCUGAAGGAACUGUCUUACACCCUGCAAGAGGUGCUAAAAGGAAUAAUGGAUGCAGAAGGAGCAGAACUAGAGGUCCUUAUUGGCUUUAGUUCACAUAUAUGUAAAAUCAUUCCUGAUGACUUUGCCCAAGAAUUAGAGCAUAGUCAGAUUAAGAAGAAAUUUGUAAAGAGGCUUGUUAGUGCCCUUAAUGCACAUAUGAGACCCAGUGCUGAUUGUCCCGGCAUCAGGAGGGUGAUUGUUCAACACGCCAUAAACUUGAUGGAGUUCGAUUCUCGCUACGCAAAUGAUUUCCACAAAUGCCUAUCAAUGGUAGAGAACACAUCGACAAGGUUAGAAAACUACAGGUUGUUCUCCGGUGACGUAGGACUAAUGGAGCAUCGCACAACACUUUCCACUCUUGUGGCCAGAGCAAAAGAGCUGAUGGGCCGUGAGUGGGUACAAGGCAUCAGCACUGCCACCUGAAUGUAAUAUGUAGGUUGUACCAAUAAUUUUGUCUAAUAAACAAGUUCAAUGUCCUCAUUAAAAUCAUAUCUAUGUAUAAUUGAAUUCCACCACAUAGUUCAAAGAUUGCAAAUUCAUGGAAGCAGUUAGAACGGAGCCCCUAUAUGGGUGAAAUGUAUUACCAGCUCUCUCUCUCUCUCUCUCCAGCAUAUGAUUCAGAGAUAAAGGAGUAUUAAAAUGUA